GUAAAACCCUUCUGAUGCUGACUAUUCCAUGAAUAAAGUUGUUGCGGAAUAGAAGAGAGAUUCAGAUAAAGCAGAUGCGGAAGGAAAUCGCAAAGCUCCUUGAGACUGGCCAAGAAGCCACGGCUCGCAUACGGGUAAAGCACAUUAUUCGGGAAGAGAACAUGAUGGCUGCACAGGAGAUUGUUGAGCUAUUUUGUGAACUUGUCACCAUCUGGCUUCCCAUUAUUGAGGCACAAAGGGAAUGUCCUCUAGAUCUGAAAGAAUCCAUUUCCAGCAUUUGUUUUGCUGCACCAAGAUGUGCAGACUUGCCAGAAUUGCAGCAGGUUCAAAUGUUAUUUGCUUCCAAAUAUGGAAGGGAAUUUGUCUCAGCUGCAACAGAACUCAUGCCAGACUGGUGUUAAUUGCCAGGUCAUAUAAUUUGUUAUCUUUCAAUGUAAUUCAUUUGUAAAUUUGUCCUCUGCGGAGACCCAGAAGCAAGGCGGAUAAAAAUCGUCUGUUGUUCUCCAUCUCUGUUUUUCCAUGUUUUGCUAGGCGCAGAACACGACACGUGGACGGUUCAUUACCAACGGUCAAGAUGCUUGCUUGGUUGAAGCUCUACCAAAAUCGGGUUGAGGUAAGUGAACCAGACCGAGUAUGUAUGACCCAACCCAACCCGUUAACUCCUCUCUUCUUCUUCUUCUUCUUCUUCUUCUUCUUCUUCUUCUUCUUCUUCUUCACCCUAUUUUCUCAAUGCCCUGAAAAUUUUGAACAGAAACACAGAUCAGAGAUACAUCAGUGAUUGAAACGGAGAAAAAGGAAUGCAAUCGCUAAUAAAACCAACGAGGAAACAAACUAACAGAAAGUAGACAAAUACAGAACCAGGAAAAAAGAGACCUAAAAAUGGGAAACUAAAACUUCUUUAACGGAAGAGUCACUUAGCUUGCACCUACGCAUUCGGAAGCUUCCGGUCUCCCAGUCUCGCCCAAACGAGAGAGAGAGAGAGAGAGAGAGAGAGUACAAACUGAUGAGAAAAUUACUGGGAAAUUAAAAAACUGAAGCAAGAAAUCAGAAAAAUAGAGUCGCUCCAAGAUCAAAAAAUUGGCAACCAAGAAAAAUCGUGAGAUUUAGUAAAGGUAAAGAGAAACACUGCACACAAAUUGUUGAUUUCAGAAAUAAAAAUCCAUAACGAAAAAUUUUCAAUCAAGAAAGAGGGAUCCAUCUCCAAGACACUAAUCCAUGGCAGUCCAAACGAUUUAAGAACGUGAAAGGAAAUAUCACACUUACCGAGUACUUGCUCGGCGGAGAAUCUCUUGGAGACGUCCUUUGAAAGCAUCUUCCGCAAAAGAUCAUUCGCCGCCGGCGAGAUGGAGUAAAAGUUAACGGGUUGGGUUGGGUUGGGUCAUACAUACUCGGUCUGGUUCACUUACCUCAACCCAGUUUUGGUAGAGCUUCAACCAAGCAAGCAUCUUGACCGUUGAUGAUGAACCGUCCACGUGUCGUGUUCUGCACCUAGCAAAACAUGGAAAAACAGAGAUGGAGAACAACAGACGAUUUUUAUCCAAGCAAGGCUGUUGCACAACAUUUCCUUCCUGGAGAGUCAUGGGAUUGUUGGGUCUCAUCUCUCAGUGCUCUUUAAGAGGCAACCGUCUUUGUUUUUUCUGUAAGGAAUCUGUGCUUAGGAACCAACUUAGAAGGGUUGUGGAGAUGGCUUUCUCUGCUGAUUCAAGGAUGUUCUUCUACGCCCUGUCGCCCUCCACACUAUUAGUUCCAUGAGUCCCGAGACUCUUAGGAGGAAAUUCGAGUUGUUUCAGGGAUUUGGUUUUUCAGAGGGCAAUGUUUGACGAUGUUUAAAA